AUGAAGUUUUUGACUAUCCUCUCCACCGCCCUCUUCGUCGCCUUUGUGGCAGCUAACCCUGCCAACGAGGAUAUGGCGAAGCGACAGCUGCGGGGUACUGCUAUUUUCCUCGCACAGGGUGGACUGACCAAUGUUCCGAGACACAGAGAAAGUGUGCUUCUUGGACCUGCAUCACCCUUCCACGUUGCCCAGAUUAACAGUACUGAGCGCUUAGCUACUGCAGGCCUGACGAGCCAGAUGAACGCACUGAAUCAGCACAACUGA